CGCACACCGACCAGCCGAGGAAGACGCCCAGCAGUACCCGAAGGCCUCAAUGAGACAUGGGCCAAGGACCUGACGGACCAGUUCCGUCGUACUCUCAGCACAAAGCGUAUGAAUACUCUCACCAGAAACACGACACAACAGCACCAACAAUCGCCAAAUGCCCCGCCAUCCUACUCGUCUCUCCGCAACAUCCCGCUGGUAGCGACCGCACCGUCGGAUAGAAACUCGUUGCGCUUCCGCUCCAUGCUCCUCUCCCUAUCUAACACUCCCUGUAGAUGGGAGAACCCCGGUUUACUGGACGAGGCCCUUCGCUCCAUUCCCCUAGAACGCAUCUACGACCAAGCACAAGAAGAGAGUGACCUUUUCCUAGCCGAGGCUGCGUCAUUAGGACCUAACACCAAGCCUGCUUGGGGUUACCAGGACUGUGUCGUCAGAGCUCUCAUGAAGUGGUUCAAGCGCCACUUCUUUCAAUGGAUCAACAAUCCCAAGUGCGGUGCCUGCCACGCACCCACUAUUGCCGUCGGCAUGGCGGCCCCUCUCCCUGACGAACAAGCCCGCGGUGCCAACCGUGUCGAGAUCUACCAAUGCUCCAACGCUCAAUGCCAGGCACACGAACGCUUCCCUCGCUACAGUGAUGCUUUCGUCCUCCUCCAAACACGAAGAGGACGUGUUGGUGAGUGGGCCAACUGCUUCAGCAUGUUGUGUCGUGCAGUUGGCAGCAGAGUGCGUUGGGUGUGGAACAGCGAAGACCACGUAUGGACCGAGGUAUACAGUGAGCACCGCAAGCGCUGGGUCCACGUCGACGCCGUUGAAGAGGUCUGGGACCAACCUCUUCUGUACACACAUGGCUGGAAGAAGAAGCUUGCUUACUGCAUUGCCUUCUCUGCCGACGGCUGUCAAGACGUCACUCGUCGGUACGUGCGCAACUUUGGAAAGUACGGUCUACCACGAACAAAGGCUCAGGAGAGUGCCGUCCUCCACAUCAUUGCCGAGAUCAAGAACAUGCGCCGUCGCGACAUGAACAAGACCGACAAGUUCCGUCUCGAGGGCGAGGACAUCCGCGAGGACAAGGAGUUCCGUCAGAACGUCAUUGAGAGUCUGUCAAGAGAGAUCUGCCGCAUGCUCCCUGGUCGUCCUGACGCGGAUAUGCUCAAGGCCCAAGAGCGUGCCAGAGAGGCUCAACUCGCUCGCGCUCGCAACCAGCAAAACGCCCAAUUCUUCAACCCUCGCGAUCAACAGCAGCAC